ACUCCAUAUACUACUCGUUUAAUACUAAGAGUUCUGUUACGUCUAACACUCACUGUUAGAUACCGAAUCAGGUUAGCAUAAGGGUACAAACUAUUAAAAUUAAAAACCUUUUGCUUAUUGUGCUUACUGAGGCUACAACAGCAAGAAAGAUGGGUCCCAGAGAUAUUGCCUACUCCAGCAGUGUAACAUCUCAUCGGUGAGAUCACAGAUAAUUCUCUAGAGCGCGCUUUUCAAAAGUCAAAGGAGUAUGAGUGUUAAUGUUGAGAAUUUGGGUUACACGGAGCUGCGAAAGGUUGCUAAGACAUAUGGUAUCAAGGCUAACAAAAAGGCUUGUGAGCUAAGGGAGUUACUAAGAGUUGUACUCUCUGCUCAGGUGCAGGAAGUUGCAGGCAGUAAAGAAGAAGAACCCGCAAUAUGCUCUGUAUCAAAUUUUGAAUCUGAAUCUACAGAGGCAAACAAAGAAUCGUCUAUCAGCUGUAGUGACAAGACAGCGGAUUGUAUCACAGUUGGAGAAAACGAAAUAGAUGACAGAACGACAUCCACACCAAAAAGUGACGAUGAAAAAUCACACGUCUUGAAUCGGACGUACGAGGUCACUUCUCCUAAAAUAAUUCACAAGAAGUUAAUUACCGUCGAAAAUUCAAUCAAUCAUGUACCAGAAAUCAAUUCAGUUAUUCGUAAAAGUAUUACUAAAAUACCAGCGGAUAGUGCAUUUGCUCGUCGUAAAGCAUAUGAUUUGAAACGUAAUCCAUCACGUCGAUCAUCGAUUACGCCUCAUUGCAUCACCGAACCACUUACUCCAACAGCUAAACUGCCUACUCAACGACAAGACAUUCGUACUGCAAAAUUGUUUGUUAAUACUAAUCGUAAUCGAUCAGAAGCAUUAAAUUCCUGUAAACAUGAUCGUAUUACCUCACGAAGAUUAUUAGUUGACAAUAAUCGUCGCUUAUAAUAUUGAAAUAUUUCCUUUCUAUGCUUAAUUGCCAUCAUGUUCAAAUAGUCCUUAAAUGUACAUAUCGUAGUAAUCUGUCGUAUAUCCUUUUUAAGGUGGGAGUGAAGGUUGGUCGGAGAUCACAAUCACACUUUAAUAUGAUUUUAAUACUUAUUGCUUAUCCACAAGACUAUUAUUUGCACUUGUUUUUGUCGAAUAUACUUAUUGUUACAAAGAAAUAACUUUUACAUAUUUCCCUCUAGUACAAGUUACAUAACCAAAGUAACAAAAGUGUAUCUUGUCAUCUGUGAAUCUUGUAGUAAAGUUCAUUGGCUUCAGCAUUGAGUGAUGCAGGUUUUAAUGUGAGAUGAUGUAUGCUUUUCUUUAAUCUUGUCAUACGCGCUUUGGUGACUCCUAUAACAUCUAAUAAACAAUAUUAGCGACGUGGUUUAUUAGCUCUUAAGUUACAUCCGUUUAGUUGACAGU